CCUUCCCGGGCUGGAACCUUCGGGAUCAUGCCCGACCCGUCCAAGUACGCCCCGGCGCCCAAGAAGGGCUCCAAGAAGGCCAUCACGAAGGCUCCCAAGAAGAAAGACGGCAAGAAGCGCAAGCGCGGUCGCAGGGAGAGCUACUCCAUCUACGUGUACAAGGUGCUCAAGCAGGUGCACCCCGACACGGGCAUCUCGUCCAAGGCCAUGGGCAUCAUGAACUCGUUCGUCAACGACAUCUUCGAGCGCAUCGCCAGCGAGGCGUCGCGCCUGGCGCACUACAACAAGCGCUCCACCAUCACGUCGCGCGAGGUGCAGACGGCCGUGCGCCUGCUGCUGCCCGGCGAGCUGGCCAAGCACGCCGUGUCGGAGGGCACCAAAGCCGUCACCAAGUACACCAGCUCCAAGUGACGCGCGCCCCGGGCGCCUCGCACCCAAAGGCUCUUUUCAGAGCCACCCACGCGCUCGAGAAAGGGUCUUGAACACGGCGAGGACGGGCCCGAGGUUGCGUGGCGGUCUGGGGCCGAGAUCCAGGUGGCGGUGGCGGGGAGGA